ACAAUGAGCAACAAAUCAUAGGGAAGGAUUGUUGCGCAUUGAAGUCUUCGUGUUAAUGAAAUAUUGUUAUAUGUAUAAGCAAAUGUAUAUGUACUACACAUUAUAACACAUUAUUGGACAAUCAAAUUACCAAACAAAGAAGUCUUGUAUUCAAACAUUUGUAAAAAGUUCACCGCCCUCUGACCAUAGCUGAGAAAGUUUGGACUGUAAGUAUCUUCCGACUGGAGAACUUUCAGAUCAGCCACGCCCCUCAAACUUGGAUAUGGAUGCUUCUGUUUGUGAUUGGUCAGGAGCCCCGAAUGACAACACCUGCUUUACUCCUUCAUUCAAACUGACACCAGAGCUUUGGAAAUAUAGGCAGCAUCUCUUACAGUUCCAGUCACUUUUCAGCAAUAUUGAACAGAGACCACCUCACAGCUGGCUAAUGUAAGCAGUGGUAAAUUAAACCUACACAAAAAAAAUAAAUAUAAUAAUAAUUAAAAUUCUGCUAGUUUUAAAUCUAAACUAUGCAAGCAGAAAUGUUGGUUACAUUAGCAACAAUCCUGCUGAUUUUCCCAGCCAUUGAUCAAGUGGCGGCGAUGGAUGUUACAGAUCUUCCAGAUAACCAGCAAGACAGGGAAAAAUUGUCCAGCCAACAAAAAGGACGCCUUUCUCUGCAGAAUACAGCUGAGAUACAACACUGCCUGGUCAGUGCUGGCGACGUUGGAUGUGGCGUUUUUGAGUGUUUUGAAAACAACUCCUGCGAAAUCCAAGGACUGCAUGAGAUAUGCAUGAAUUUUCUCCACAAUGCAGGAAAGUUUGAUGCACAGGGUAAGUCAUUUAUCAAAGACGCGCUCAAAUGCAUGGCUCAUGGUCUGAGACAAAAAUUUAGCUGCAUCAGCCGCAAGUGCCUGGCUAUCAAGGAGAUGGUGGUUCAGCUGCAGAAAGAGUGCUACCUCAAGCAUAACCUGUGCUCAGCAGCGAAGGAGAACGUCAUUGUCAUGGUCGAGAUGAUCCACUUUCAAGACCUCAUUCUGAAGGGACCUUACGUGGAGCUGGUGAACAUCCUGCUGAGCUGUGGGGAGGAGGUGAAGGAGGCCAUCACCCGGAGCGUGCGUGUCCAGUGUGAGCAGAACUGGGGCGCUCUGUGCGACAGCUUGGGCUUCUGUGCGUUCAGCAAGCAGGGAGAGCAGAGUGCAGCAACCAGGGCCCCGGAGAAGAGGCACGGAGAAGGUAGCAAUAAGAGUGGCAGUAGAGACCCCGCUGACCCGAGCCAUCAGCACCCUGAACCCGAGCGAGACCACACCAGGACCUCCAGAGGAGACAAAGAGAAAGGCAGCAAGGUCCACCUGAACGCUCACACCCGAGUUCGGUCCAGCAGUCAGAGUUCAAGACGUCUCAGCGGGGAAACCGACAUCGCAGAUGAAGAAGACCCUUUAACAACAGACAUCAGGAGGUGAAGGAGAGAGACGCAGACUCCACCAGAACUUUUCAGCAUUUUUUUUUUUUUUUUUUAAACACAAAAACUCAGAUUUCCCAUCAACGGACAUUCCAAAAUCAUACACCAGAAAGCUUAGGUUAUGUGUGGUGCAGUGCGUUAUGAAUGGCCUGAUUAUUCUCAAUCCAUUUCCAGAUACUGUAUUCUCUUUUCUUUAAAAUCAUAUAACAUCUUUCUAUUAUUAUAAUAUUAUGAUUAUGAUUAUUAUUGUUAUUAUUAUUAUUGUUGUUGUUAUUAUUUAUUUCCUUCUUUACCUUUACAUUUUUUUGAAACUAUAUGUAUCCAAGCAUUGAUAGGUUAAUAAUGCUGCUUAAAGUUAAAAGUUUCUUUAGAAUAGUGCAGGUUUGUCAGUAGAUGUGUGUCAUAUAUUUUAUGUCAGUAUAUAACUUGAGAUCUGUUUGUAUAUUAAUUAUAUACUUGAUUGAA